AAUUCCGCGGCAUGCAGCGAGUUUGAGCGCAGUUUGCCGUCGCCAGCGUGUUCGUAGCUGUGCGCGGCUCCAAGUUACGCUAGAACGGUUGAAACAAUUGCAAUCUGCGAUUGAUAGUCUCAGUUUUUUGUUUUUGCUACAUGUUGCGGCUACAGGGUGAAAGCUAAAAGAAAGUACCAACGCGUUCGUCGAGCGUGCAUUCGCGCGUUUUCAACGUCCUAAACUCACAAGCUGACUACUACUGACUACUUUAGUGUGCUUCAUGUGUGAACAAAUGAAUUGCCGAACAACUCCAGCAGCUGUUUUAUUGUUUCUGCUUGUUUUGUGCGUAUAAGCCAAUCACAAUGUUUGAAUAAAAUCGAUUGUAAUGUCAGCUAAAUCGAUCGUCUGAUUGGAUUGUGUACGCCUUGUGAUAUGUGCUGUGAUACUGAUAAUAAUAAUAAUGAAUCAAACAAAUGACGAUGACCCACCGAGCCUCGAAUAUAUCGAGGAUCCAUAUAUUAGUCCGACGGCGAUCACAUCAGAAACACCGAGUUUGGAUGAGCUAGACAACUUCGAGUAUUUGGAUCCCAACGAGUUGGACAUCUUCGACCUGCGCCAACUUGACUUCGACGAACUAAACGCUAAUAGUCUCACAUCUCUCAGUGGCAACGACGAGAGCAUCAAUGUCGAGGCCGAGUUUUUUAAAGUCAAGCGCGCCAAUGCUAUCAUACGCGCUUUUUUCAAAAACGAUUUUAAGCGUAGUGUACGUGUUACUUAUUGCGACUUAACGAAACCCUAUUUGGCCAAGUUACCGAAAGAGAGUAAUUUUCGCCGUUAUUUAGAUAUUAGUAAAGGUGAUGAAGAUGCGUUUGCUGCUGGAGGUGAUCCAAGGACAUACGCUGAUGGUGACCUGACCGAAGAAGAAUUACUAAAGAAGCAGGAAGAAUGGAAGGCGGAACUUGCUCAAAUUGAAGAUGAAAUUGCGACGCUACGAACGGUCCUUGCAGCUAAAGUGCGGCGCAGUGCCGAGCUGAAACGCAAUCUUGGCAUCACCGUAUGGAAGGAAGUCAGUGAGGACAUCAAUCAAGGCAUUAAGAAUGUCAAAGACAGCAAUGUUUAUCAAACGGUUGAAUGUAAAGUUGGACAAGUUACGAAGGCCGUGACUGAUGCGCCAAUUUAUCAGAAGACGACCUCGUUGAUUGGGGGAUUGACCGCCGGCGUGACCAACAAGUUGGGUCAAAUGAGACAUUCGGAAUCAUUCAAGUCCUUUGAGGAGAAAGCUGCUUCUGCCAUGGAGUCGGUUAAGAGGAGAUUAUCAAACGCAACGAAUUAAUUAGUAUAAUGUAAAUAACAAAAGUUGGCAGCGUAUCACGUUCGGGUUCUCAGCAGAGUUUGAACGACAUUAGGUCACGCUCUGGCUCCAUAGCCACCAGCCCAACGAUUCCAGAAGACAAGCCUAUCGCCUAAGCAAAGGCUCCGUUUUGAAAGAUUGCAAUCCUCAGUUUCGUCAGAUCGGAGUCGACACCAGCCAGAUUUACCUGAUGCAAAAGAAUAUUCUCGCACCUAUAUUUUACUAAUAUCUAUUAACAGAUAGAGGAUAAACGGUGUAAACGAUGCAAGCGUGAUUUGAAAAGUAAAAUUGCCUUACUACUAACCAUCCGGUGGAAUCAUCUAUCACAACCCAAUCAAUUGGAAAUUCAAUUAUUUUCUAUUCGAAUUGUGUUUGGAAAUACUUACAACAUUUUUUGUCUGGUUUGUUAUCAUUAUUCGUACUUAUUUAUCCAAAAUUACGUUCUAAAAUUAUCAAAUAAUUGGUUAUUGCGGGCUAAGUAUAGAUACUACAUAGUGUAACCGAUUUGUUUAGUGUUCCUUUGUAGAGUAUUCCGUCUUGGUUUGCAUUAUCUUUAAGUAGGUUGUAAGUCAUAUAUGUAAUUUAGAUUUUGUUAAAAAUUUCAAAAAAAAAAAAAGAAUUAUGACAUUAAAUGAUUUAGUGCAUAAGUUUAUUACGACCCACCGUACACAAAUAUUUAUACAUUUUAUUGUUAAAAGCCAAUAUUAAUCUGAAUAAAAUGUAUCCUAUGUGAA